CAGUCCGCACACCCAGAUCCGACCUCACGAUGUCACAGCAACAGAAAAAAACCGUGCCACUGCGCUCGGCUGACGCUUGCGCUUAUGAAGGCUGGGGGCUCCGUGUCUGCGUGGCUUUAAGGAUGUACAUUCCCCUGCGGUCACACUGACGGGUUCUCACACCACAAUUCCUGUCCCAUAAGCGUUUUUCUGUUAGCCGACUCGAUCUUUGUGGGUCCUGCACGUCGGUCCGUAGCAAAUCAUAAGAGAGGGGUUGUUCACCAGACUACAACAACGCAUGUCGGCCAUGAUCGAGUGCGCGUUCAUCAACAGCGUAAUCACAACCGAUAGCGACCGCGACUCCAAUCCAGACGUCAGAAGGACGAAGGUACUGAAGACAUGCGUGCAGCAAGAUACUAUGGAAAAGAGGAUAUCAGGAUUGAAGAUGAUGUGGCUGAGGCCAAGUGCGGCUCCGGACAAGUCAGGGUCGCACCCGCGUACGUAGGCAUCUGCGGCACUGAUCUUCACGAGUAUCUCGGUGGCCCUACCUUCGCGCCCACAACACCGCAUCCAUGUACGCACGAUACAAUCCCCAUCACACUCGGCCACGAGUUCAGCGGCGUCAUCACCGAGCUAGGGCCUGACGUAGAGGGCUUCACAGUCGGCCAGCAGUGCGUCGUCCAACCCACCAUCGCGUGCGGCACCUGUUACGCUUGUGAAGCCGGCGUCGAGAACGUGUGCUACAACGGUGGAUUCAUUGGGCUCUCUGGCGGAGGCGGCGGGUUGAGUGAAAACGUUGUCGUUCCCGAGAAAGCUAUCAUUUCACUGCCGUCCAACAUCUCACUGGACGUUGGCGCGCUGGUCGAGCCGCUGAGCGUGGCGUGGCAUGCUGUGUCGGCCGCGCCCAUCGAGGCAGACACGGUGGCGUUGGUUUUGGGCGGCGGCCCGAUUGGAUUGGCGGUUGUGCAGUGUUUGAAGGCAAAGGGUGUGAAGAAGAUCAUUGUGAGUGAGGUUUCGUCGUCGAGACAACGGUUCGCGAGCGAGUUUGGCGCGCAUCAUGUUCUAGAUCCGAAGACGUACGAUACCGUCAAGGUCAGCAGAGAAUUGAGUGGCUCGGGUGGGCCGGAUGUAGUGUUUGAUUGCGCGGGUGUGCCUGCGAGCAUUGAGACUGCUUGCACAGCAGUCAAGGUGAAGGGUACGGUGGUUAACGUGGCGAUUUGGGAGAAGGCGGUGCCGUUCAAUCCCAAUAUGCUGGUGUUCAGGGAAGCGAAGUAUACGGCUGUUUUAGGCUAUCAGAGAAAAGACUUUGAAGCUGUUGUUGAGCAGCUCGCCAAAGGCAACCUACAGUCAAGCAAGAUGAUCACGAGUACGAUACAGAUGGAAGAUCUAGUUGAGGAUGGUAUCAAGGCCCUCAUCAACGACAAGGAAAAGCACGUCAAAAUUCUAGUGGAGGUCGGCGGCUUGAACCGCGUGGACUCAGCUGCGCGUUAGGCAGCAAAGCAACAUGGAGGUCACGUAGAGGGGUCGUCCACAACUUUGAAUUGCCCGCCAAAUUUCUUCACACGCCUGAUCUGGUGAAAAAUAGCCUCU